UGUAAACCUCAUGAAGACCAAAUUAGACCCAGAAGGACUGGGCAUCAUACUACUGGGUCCCUUUCUGCAAGAAUUUUUCCCUGAGCAGGACUCUAGGGUUUCAGAGUCAUUCACUGUUUACCACUACAAUGGCCUGAAGCAAUCUAACUAUAAUGAGAAGGUCAUGUAUGUAGAAGGCACGGCAGUCGUUAUGGGUUUUGAAGAACCAAUGCUACAGACCGAUGACACUCCUGUAAAACGCUGCUUGCAAACCAAAUGGCCGUAUAUAGAAUUACUCUGGGCCACAGAUCGAUCUCCUUCUUUAAACUGAUACGUUGCGCAGAAACAUCCUACGACCGAGUGCUUGAAUGGAGAUACAGGAACUGGUAUUUGCUUGGAGAGUGGUAUCCUUUGACUGUGUGAAGUUAUACACUGGUAUUAUUGAUGAAUUGUAAAUAAUGAUGACAAACACUUUUUCAGUGUUAAUUGGAAUAUUUAAUUUUUUAAUCAGAUUGAUUUCUAUUAUAAUAGUUUGUCUUUUUUGGCCACUGUAGUACUGUUAAUGUGAGUUAUCCUAAAUAAAGAAAAAAAGAAAGCCUACUUAUAAAGUCUUAACAUUAUUUUGACAUCUCAUGAAGAUUUGAAAAAUGUCUGAUAUUGCAGAAUCUGCAUAUUAGAUGUCAGAUCUUUAAAACAUAAAACAUAUUCCUCUGAAUCAUAUAGGCAUGUUUUAUUAUUUAAAUUAUAUUGGCUUACAUUACAGAACCCUAAUGUGUGGACCAGACUGGCCUUUGCACUGAAUAUGUUUUAAUGAGUUUAAAUUUUCUGCAGUUUUUCCUAAAAUCUAAUUUUACCUAAAGAGCUUGCACAAUGUGACAUACAUAUGAUACAUUUUUAGGAAUAUUAAUAAGUAUAAUUCAUACAUUUUCUUGGCAAUUGCAUAUACUGUGGCUUAUUUAUCGGGCAUGUUAAAAGUGAACAGAAAAUUGAGGAAAAAUAGAUGUAUUAAUAUUUAUUUGAAUUUGUAUAAAAGAAAUGUAAAAACAGCGGAGAGGAUUUCCUGUUCUAUAAUCUCUAAACUAUUCAAACUUAUAAUAUUGCCAAAUACUUCUUCUCAAUUUGUCCAAACAGCAGUGUAAGCCAGCGUUAUUGUAUGUGUUAAGUGCAUGAGAACAUCUGUUACUACAUUAUUAUAUUCCUUUAUUUAUUAUCAACUUGUUAGCCCUAAAAUAAAUUUUUUUCCUUGAGUCAU